UUAAAAUGAUGCAGGCGGAAGCCUCUGCCUUUCCGGCCACUAACAUCGGCGACCUUCCCGCGUUUUGCCGGACUGCUAGCUUUAGCAGCCUCAUGCCAUGUUUAUCGGAAAAUUGGGGCGAUUUACCGUUGAAGGUGGACGAUUCAGAGGAUAUGGUGAUUUACGCCUUUUUACAUGACGCCCUCAGAACAGGCUGGACGCCGUUCAAUUUCUCGGCUAAAGAGAUCAAACCCGAGUCCAUGGAACCUAGCGAUCCUCAAGUGGAAGAAACAGCUGCAAAUUCGGCGCCCAAAGGAAAGCACUACAGGGGGGUGAGGCAGCGCCCGUGGGGGAAGUUUGCGGCGGAGAUAAGAGACCCAGCUAAAAAUGGAGCCAGAGUGUGGCUCGGGACGUAUGAGACGGCUGAGGAAGCGGCUAUUGCAUACGACAGAGCUGCAUACAGGAUGCGUGGCUCCAAGGCUUUGUUAAACUUCCCACACAGAAUCGGGUUGAAUGAGCCAGAGCCAGUGAGAGUGACAUCAAAGAGGAGGUCUCCUGAGCCGUCAACUUCGUUAUCAUCAAACUCAGAAAGCGGCUCGCCUAAGAGGAGAAAUACUAAAGGAUCGGCGGGUGAGGUAGUCGAGCCAGAAGUACAAAGCCGAUCAUCAACGAGUAUAAACAAAUAGAAGAAGUGGCAAUUGGCGUACAAUCAUUGGACGACUAGUUGUCAGCUUGCAAGAGGAUCCGACCCAGAUCUUGAAUUUGCCCCAAGGUGAAGGUGGAGCAUUUAGCAAUAGCAAAUGCAAGUUGCCAAAAAGGGGUGAGGCCAUAAAUGGAAAUUUGCUACAGGAAUUGGCAAUUUACUAUUUAUUGAUUAAAUAUAUUACGAAAACAAAAUGCCAAAUAUCAUGGAUUAUGACGUCAUAGAGGUGAGAUUUGUAGAAUGUUUGACGUGUGUGCGGAUGUUUGAUUAGAUAUGAGUGUAAACAGUUGGAGGAAGCAAGGUAAACGUUGUUUCUUUUUCCAUUGAUUUGAUAAAUAUAUAAAAAAUUAACGUUUUAGUCU